CUGAGCACAUAGAAACAGAACCAUUCACGCCAUUUCUUUUAAACGAACUUUAUGCAGAGCUCUCAGUGGAGCUACAAUGCGUACGUGCGCAGAAGCGAUGCGCGAUAAGUCCAAACUACGGCUAAAACUCGUGAAAUGUUUAGUAUUUUUGUAAGUAAAUGUGGCGUGGCAGCAAUUCUCAGAAUCAGUAGGGGUUGUUUUUGUUUCUAAUUUUUUUUAACAAUUGAAUUUUUGAAAAAUAUUUGCGGUAUUCCAUUCCAAUAUCGUUCAUGACUAACUCUCUUUGGUACAUGGGCACAAUCAAGAGUUAUAUUUGUUUACCUUUUGUAGCUACACCAGAGAGGCAAAAUAUGAAAAACACUCCACGUUAUGAUAAAUGUUUACCCCUGCAGUGGUCGUCAAAAUUGAGAAUUGUUGUGCAAUAUUUGAUACAGCUCCUACAUUAUAUUUGAAUGUUUUCCAGUUUGAAGUGAUUGUACAUUGCAGUCGCCAGUACUGUAUUGUGCAGGAUCAGUGUCUUGCCACACCCCUGAUACUUUCUUUUUAGUGCAGCUCACAAUUUAACCCAAUCUGACAGUGCUGAUGAAAGCAUUUUCUGAGAUGUAUAUACAAGCAAACUGAUCUGAGUUGACUGUAAAACAUAAUUAUAUUUGUUAUAUUCAAAUGCAAACAGGGUAAAAGACCAAUUUUAACCCUGCUUGCUCCAGUUGCACAAUCUUAGUGGUAUUGGCUGCGUGUAGAAGAUUAGGCAACACACAGAGCUUCUUAGUGUGUUACUCGUCUCGUCGUCUUCACGCAGCUCUUCUGGCUCAGCUAAAUGUGCAAGGACAGGAAUGUAUUGACUCCUUACUGGACAUCAUGACUUGACUGACUUCCCAGAUCUGCAGGGUUUGCCAGAAACGUUGCAACGGAGCGUAAAAGCCAUGAGGUUUAAUCCACUGCUGCUGCUGUUCUGUACGUCCUUGCAGAGGACAACUUCUCAGGUGUCUGAAUGGAUCGAAGAGGUAGAAGUUAGUGUAGGGGACACAGAAUGGAUCGCCCAACCAGAUUUCCUGGGGGACAUGUACUGGUCAGGGACAGCUCCACUCUGUCUGGCCGGCUGCCAGGCGCGCCACCAGGAGCUCAGGCGAGAUCCCUGUGGAGACUCCAGCUGCUGCUGGCUGGGCUACAAGUCCCUGUGCAGAGUGAAGUGUGGGAAGCCAGAUGUGGAUUAUAAUGGAAUCGUCUAUGGAAAUGACUGGUGGGUGGGAUCUGUGCUGAGGUACUCGUGUCAUCCUGGCUUCUUGCUAGUUGGAAACGCCACCAGGACUUGCCAAGCUAAUGGUCUCUGGACUCCGAAACCUUCCUGCCUCAGUAUGUAGACACUAUGGAAUGUGCAAAAAGGGCUCCAUUGAAAUCAGUGAGAGAGAACUGAAUGGAACAUGCAACUCUACCUGUGCACAUAAAAGCUACUCGGGGCCUCCCAAGCAAGGCUGUACUCAGAUACACAACUGCAAGAAGAAGGACACUGGCUGGAAGCGUUUCUUUGCUCAGUGUGUCCCUUGCAUCUGUGACUGUGCUUUAUCAUGCCUAUCUACAGGCUAAAAUAAAGAAGGGAGACAUCACCGGGAAAAUAUAAAGACAGCUACUGUUCAUCCGGUGUGGAGUGUGCUGCAGAGUUGAUACAACAACGCCCCUGCGAGCUCGCAGACCGGCGUGCGCACCCCACACUCACGAGCAAGCUCCCCGACCUACAGAGCGUCCGACCUACUGUUGCGGCACUUUGGUAGCCGGCGGCAGGCUGAUCAACCAUCGUCAUUCUCCAUCGACAUCAAGCGAGAAUUGCGAGGCGGACGGAUAUGUUGAAAGAUAAAGCCAGGUUGUCUCGGUGGGAUGCAGCCGUAGUUUGAAUGUAAUCCCGGGAGUUGCCUGUGCAGAGGAUGCGGGAUGAUGAUGACACCAUGAGCGGCUGCCGCACCCCGGGAGAUCUUUUGACGAGAAGCAGCCGUCCUCUUUUUGCACCCUUCAACGAAUUGGAUUGUUUUUGCCCUGGACUUUCCAUCACAGCGCCGGCCGCAGACACUAUUUGUUGGCGCUUCUGAUGUGCCGGGAUUGAGUCGUUUCUUUUCCUGAAGGGAUCUCCUGUGGACUGUCGCGAUCCCACCCAGAGAGGGAAAACAGGCGUCUCACUUGCUCGUUUCAACACACAACAAUAACAUGGCUGAAAAGACAGACCAGGUCUCCGUCAGCAUCCCCAUGGAGGAGACCAAACUCCACAGCGGGGCACCUCCGGAGGCCCCCCUGCUCACCCACCUGAAGAAAGUGGAGAAUCACAUCACUGAGGCUCAGCGAUUUUCCCACCUCCCACGUCGCUCCGCUGUGGACCUGGAGUUCAAUGAGCUGUCGUACACUAUCCGUGAGGGUCCCUGGUGGAGGAGGAGAGGUUACAAAGCCCUCCUCAAGUGUCUCUCCGGAAGAUUUAACAGCAGAGAGCUGAUUGGUAUCAUGGGGCCCUCUGGGGCCGGGAAGUCCACCCUAAUGAAUAUUCUGGCGGGGUACAGGGAGACGGGCAUGAAGGGCCAAAUCCUGGUGAAUGGCCGCCCGAGGGAUUUGCGGACUUUCCGGAAGAUGUCCUGCUACAUCAUGCAGGACGACAUGCUGCUGCCGCACCUUACGACUAGGGAGGCCAUGAUGGUCUCUGCCAAUCUGAAACUCAAUGAGAGCAUGCAGGUCAAAAAGGAACUAGUGCAUGAGAUUCUGACAGCUCUAGGGCUUCUGGACUGUGCUCAAACACGUACCAACUUUCUUUCGGGGGGUCAGUGCAAAAGGCUGGCAAUUGCCCUUGAGCUGGUCAACAACCCUCCUGUCAUGUUCUUUGAUGAGCCCACCAGUGGACUGGACAGCGCGUCGUGCUUCCAGGUGGUUUCUCUCAUGAAGUCUCUGGCUCAGGGAGGACGAACAAUCAUCUGUACCAUUCAUCAGCCCAGUGCCAAACUCUUUGAGAUGUUUGAUAAGUUGUACAUCCUCAGUCAAGGUCAAUGCAUCUACAAGGGCACAGUCCCUUACCUCAUUCCAUAUCUGAAGAACCUGGGCCUCCACUGCCCAACAUAUCACAAUCCUGCUGAUUUCAUCAUCGAGGUGGCAUCAGGAGAGUAUGGAGACUUGAACCCGGUGCUGUUUGAGGCAGUCCAGGGUGGACUGUGCUCCGAGGAGGGCAAGAAGAACUCAAGAGACCAGAGUGACUCUUCCUGUCCCUCUCAGUGCCACAGUGACACGGGGACCCUUGAGAAACAUAGCUUUGCCACCAGUACUUUCACACAGUUCUGCAUCCUCUUCAAAAGAACCUUCAUUACAAUAUGCAGAGACACGGUGCUAACCCACCUCAGAGUGAUGUCCCAUCUGUGUAUUGGAGUGCUGAUCGGUCUACUUUAUCUCAAAAUUGGAAAUGACGCCAGUAAAGUCUUCAACAACACGGGUUUCCUCUUCUUCUCUAUGCUCUUUCUCAUGUUUGCUGCCCUGAUGCCCACAAUUCUAACCUUUCCUCUGGAAAUGUCUGUGUUUGUAAGGGAACACCUCAACUACUGGUACAGCUUAAAGGCCUACUAUUUGGCAAAAACAAUGGCGGACAUACCAUUUCAGGUGAUUUGUCCAAUCAUGUACUGCAGUAUUGUGUAUUGGAUGACAGAACAGCCUCCAGAGGCUGGUCGCUACCUGCUAUUCAUGGCCUUGUCCACAUCCACAGCCCUGGUAGCCCAGUCUCUGGGACUCCUUAUUGGCGCUGCAUCCACAUCUCUGCAAGUAGCGACAUUUGUGGGUCCAGUCACAGCCAUACCUGUGCUACUAUUCUCUGGCUUCUUCGUAAAUUUUGACACCAUUCCUAAAUACUUGCAGUGGAGCUCCUAUGUAUCUUAUGUCAGGUACGGCUUCGAGGGAGUGAUACUCUCCAUCUACGGGAUGAAUCGCACUGAGCUUGAAUGUCCGGGUCUGGUGUGUAAAUUUCAAAAGCCGGAGGAGGUUCUGCAGCUGCUGGAUGUGGAGGAUGCAAAGCUCUAUGUAGACUUCAUGGUGUUGGGCGUUUUCUUCCUCAUUCUCAGACUGGCCACUUACUUUGUCCUGCGGUACAAAGUCAAGUCUGAGCGUUGAGGAGAUAAACUCAGUAUCAAGUUCAGAUAUCAGUUCAACAUUAUCCAUGAAACUGCUUGUUAUUCAUGAACGUUUCCUGUACCUCUUCCUUUCAUAAAUUGUCCUUCAGCUUGGAUUUCGUCCACAGUCAUCAUCACAGUCCAGAAAGAUUGUUCAUCCGCACCAUACAUAUGAACCCAGAUGAAAGACACGGAAAGCAUGUUUAUUUAAACUCAAGACUUGGGAUGUGUACUUGUUUCUGAGAAAAGUGGGACAUAAAGUACUUCUUGCUUCUCAAUGUCGAGAUAGUAAUCCUGGAUUCACAGGAAAUCCCAUGAUUGGUGUUUGAUUGAAACACAGAUGCCCGUCUUUCAUGAAGAAUACAUUCCUGUUGUCACCAGGGAAAGUGGAAACUUCAAGUGCCAGACCUUUUAUGAGCUUCUCACUUUCCUUAAAUCCGGUGUCUCCUUUUUGGGGAUACAAUCCUAACCUACCAACUGCCAAUGGAUGACUUCUCCCUCCCCUUGAUGGAUCAUUUUCAGAAGCCCUAUGGCACAUCAUGAACAUGACAUGACACAUCGGAUGAGGAUGAAGGAUUUGUGAAGAUGUCAUCCGUGAGUCUUCUCAUUUGCUGCCAGGACAAUAACUCCUUGUUUGUACUGAGAGGCAUCCAAAAAGCAUGGAGAUAACCUUGGAGAAAAACAGGCAUGACUGUUUCUUUCAGCCGGAUGCAGAGGGCCAUCCUAAAUGUACUGCCUGCACUUAGGAGAAGUGCAAUAGCUUUGGUCAGGAAAAAAAUAGAUGCUCGUCUCAUCGCUGUUACUCUUCUGAAGCAAUCCGUCCAAGGACAUACUUGUAUGAUUCUUUUGCCUCCCACUCCUCCAUGAGAUAUGAGGGAAUUAUCUUUUCUUCUCUGCAUCACUUGGCAUUGCCCAUGUCUGACUGAUGUGCGUUUUCCAAAACAAUGCUCGAUACUUGAAAUGCUGGCUGUGCUGAUUGUGUGCCUCUGAGCUAGAAUGAUACAAGCUUUGUCUGCUUCAAUGCUGGAUGUUUGCGCACACAAUUUACAGUAUAUUACCAUACAUGUUUGUCUGUCUGUCUCUUUCUCUUUCACACACACACACGCGUACACACACACACACACACACACACACACGCAUCCUUCUUUCAGGGCAAUGCAACUAUUUUCCAGUAGACUUGCUAUGAAAUAUUUCUUACUCAAUCUAUGCUACUUAGUAAUCCUUAUUAUAAUGUAUAAAGUAAUGUAGGUAUAUAAUCAACGAUUGUACAGUGGAUAUGUUAUGCUGUGAAAAAAUACAAGUACAAUGCACUUUUCAGUAUAUGUUUUAGCAUCUUAUUUAUUUGUAUUAUAUAUAUAUAUAGAUAUUUUUUUUUUUUAUAGCUUAAAGUUUGAUGAGUGCGACAUGUUUCCUGCUCCCUAUAGGACCUGAAAUUUCAUGGUCUAAUAAUGACCUCAUCUAAAUGUAAUCAUCUUACCAUGUUCAUGGGAAUUGCAUCACCUUUAAAAAGAAAAAACCCAGAUGGAUUGCUGCUGUGAAUGGGAAAUGAAGUAAAAAAUGACAAUGUAGAUGUCUGUGAGAUGCAAUCGAUGAGAGAAGGAUAUGUAAUAAUAAUAAUAAUAACAAUUACAGUAUUAUUAUGAUAUAAUCUUAAAUCUAAUAACAAUAAUACAUUUUAUUUUUAAAAUGUGUUAAGGGUAAAGGUGGUUCUGACUGUUUUGUACAUGGCGUUUCAUUUCACAGGUAUAAUAGAAUUGUAACUCCCUUUCUGGAACUUGGGUAAAAUAACUGUAGCAGGCAGCCUGAUUUUGUUAUUGAUAGCAAUAGAAAAUAUUGUGACGUUUGAUUGUCAAACAUGCCACCUCACAAUCAUCACUUGUAUGCUUUAAAAUACACACUUUAUUUAAGAACAUUAAUUUAUUGCCAAGGGCAUGGUGUGCAAUAGUAUUUCUAAUAUAACUCUAAAUGACAUGUCUCAUUAAGGAAAAUAUUUCUUUUUAUUAGUUGUGACUGCUCAGUAAAAUGCAUUUUAAUGUGCAUGUUAAUGGAUGCUUUACAGGAGGGAAAGCAAAAAUAAUAUAAUUCAAAUAUAAUGUCGAUGGCUACUUUAAAUUAUGUUAAUGCAACAGGGAAGGUAUUGCCUUUAAUGCCAGAUCCUGUCCAGAUAAUUGCCUCUCAAGUGUAGGAAAUUGUGGGUGAACAGGAAAUAUUGCAGUCAUUUUACUGCCAACACAACAGAUAAGAGUUUUCACCAUCCUUAAAUUAGAUCAAACCCCAUAGCUGGUUGCUAACUCUGCAAGAUGUAUUUAAACACACAGUCACACACACACACAGUCUGCAGGGGGGGGGGGGGGGGGGAAGGCAAAUCAACACAGGAACAAAGCACUGAUGUUGAAGUCAUUAACCAGUGCUAACCAGUCAUUAACCAUUUAACCAGAGAGUCUUUGCCUCUGCAGGUCUGAACAAUAGCAAAAAUGAAAAAGAAUAAUUAAACAUUCAUAAGGAUGCUCUUUCAAAGGGAUUAUACUGUCCCAUUCGUUUUCUAGCCAGAUAAAAUGCUCUAAAUGGGCUUUCACUGACACAUUUUUAUGAUCCUUAAAAUCCAAGCUGUUCUCACAAUCACUGGUCUGUCAAAAUCCAAUUUUACAUUCUCCUAAAAUUGUGUUAUUCUGUAGCCUACUGGGUGACCCUGCAGAGUACUUAUUUAAUUCCACUAAUUGAAUCAUAUCAUGUAUCAUAUCAGCAGUAUUAAGGGACUAUGAAAGUUUGAGGGAUGCAGCAUAUACUGUAAAUGCAUGUUCAAGUCAGAAAAUAUGUCUUUUCACAUACUUUGAAGUGUCAUGUUACGAUUGCCCCUGACAACAUUGAAAAGUCACCAGACUUUCUGUCAUGUGUGAUUUAUUUGUAUACAGGUUAUCAUACAUACAAAUUUGUGAGGACCGAUUUUUGUCUGAUAUGAUUUGUGUCUCAUUUAACGUUGAUUUUCAUUUUCAUUUGAAAACGUAGUUCUGUAUACUAAAAUCUGUUCCAAUGCUUAUAAUAAAGCUCAUUUAUAACCUUU